AUGCCCGUCCUCGAUUUCCCGGCAAUAAUCUACGUGAUGGGCACGUCGGGAAGCGGAAAAAGCACGAUUGGAGAGGCGUUGGCGAAGAAAUUGCCCAUUGGAUACGCGUUCAUCGACGGGGAUCACUUCCAUCCACCCGAAAACCGAGAAAAAAUGGCCAAAGGAAUUCCCCUCAAUGACGCUGACCGUCUACCGUGGCUUUGUGCCAUCCAUGAUCACGCACAGGCACAUAAAAAACUUGUUGUCGCUUGCUCGGCGCUGAAGUCGACUUAUCGAGCGAUUUUGAGGGAGAAUCUUGACGCGUUUUUUGUCUUCUUGAAAGUGGAUAGAGAGAUUUUGAAGCAACGCAUGGAGAGCCGCGUUGGACAUUUCAUCUCACCCACCCUCCUCGACUCGCAAUUGGCAACCCUUGAGCAUCCGAAAGAUGAGCCGAAUUUUCUCAUCGUUCAGAACAAUGGAGAGCUGGCGGUGGAUCGGCUGGUUGAGGAGAUUAUUGAAAGGAUUGACGAAAGGGGAAAUGAA